ACAUAGCAGUGUUGGGAAGAGAAACCAGGUUAGUUACUAUAAGUGAAUUGCAAUACGCAAAAAUGCCAACCUUGGAUGACAUUCUAGAGCAUAUUGGGGAAUUUGACUUGUUCCAGAAACAAGUCUUUUUUGUCUUAUGCUUCGUGUCUGCUGCCUUCACCCCUAUUUACGUGGGUGUCAUCUUCCUGGGGUUCACUCCUGAACACCACUGUCUCAGUCCUGGAGUUGCUGAGUUGAGCAGCCGAUGUGGCUGGAGUCUAGAAGAGGAGCUGAAUUACACCGUUCCAGAGCAGGGGAGACACGGAGAGUCUUUCUCUAGUCAAUGCAGGAGAUACGACGUGGACUGGAACACAACUGGCCUCAGCUGCAUAAACCCCUUAGAAAACUUCACCGGUUAUGGCAACAGGAGCAGUAUCCCUCUUACCCCCUGUCAAGAUGGAUGGGUUUACGAUUCUUCAGGAUCAUCCAUCGUGACUGAGUUUAACCUGGUGUGUGAGGACUCCUGGAAGGUGGAUCUCUUUCAGUCCUGUGUGAAUGCUGGCUUUUUUUUUGGAUCGGUAUACGUCGGCUACAUAGCAGACAGAUUUGGCCGUAAACUUUGCCUUAUAGUGACAAUCCUUGUAAGUUCCGCCUCUGGAGUUCUUGUGGCCUUUGCACCAAGCUACCUUUGGAUGAUGAUCUUUCGCUUCCUACAAGGACUGGUCAGCAAGGGCAGCUGGGCAGCAGGCUACAUCCUGAUCACAGAAAUUGUUGGCCCAAGCCAUAGGAAGACCGUGGGAAUUCUCUAUCAAGUGGCCUUUACAGUUGGACUUCUGCUGCUCGAUGGUGUUGCUUAUGCUAUUCCUCACUGGAGGUGGUUGCAACUUACUGUUACUCUACCAUGCUUCCUCCUCUUGCUCUAUUACUGGUGUGUGCCUGAGUCUCCAAGGUGGCUGAUAUCUCAGAAGCAAAAUGACAAGGCCAUGAAGAUUUUGGACUAUAUUGCCAAAAAGAAUGGGAAAAAGCUGCCUGCCCAUUUUCAGAAUAUUAACCUUGAAGAGGAAGGUGGGGAAAAUCUGAGAGCUUCAUUUAUGGACCUUGUCAGGACACCUCAGAUGCGGAAACACACAUUCAUUUUGAUGUAUAACUGGUUGGCCAGCUCUCUUCUGUACCAGGGGCUCAUCAUGCACAUGGCAAUGGCUGGUGGGAACAUGUAUCUGGAUUUCUUCUAUUCUGCCCUUGUUGAAUUUCCAGCUGCCUUCAUGAUCAUUCUCACAAUCAAUCGCAUUGGCCGUCGCUAUCCCUGGGCUGUGGCAACUCUGGUGGCAGGGGCUGCCUGUCUCAUUAUGGCUUUAAUCCCUGAGGAUAUUCACUGGCUAAAAGUGACUGUAGGUUGCAUUGGGAGAAUGGGAAUUACAAUGUCUAUCGAAAUGGUUUGCUUUGUAAACACUGAACUGUACCCAACAUUUUUGAGGAACCUUGGUGUAAUGGUCUGCUCUUCCUUGUGUGAUGUUGGUGGGAUACUAGCCCCAUUCAUUGUCUACAGGCUGGCAGAGAUCUGGCAUGAGCUGCCACUUAUAGUUUUUGCUGUGGUUGGUUUAAUUGCUGGUGGAUUGGUGUUGUUGCUGCCUGAAACCAAAGGGAAAACGUUGCCUGAGACUAUUGAAGAUGUAGAAAACUUGCAUAGGCAAGAAAACCCUAGGGAGAAAAUUAUCUACCUCCACGUGCAAACACAGGAAGUUGCACACUCCAAAUGUGAUCGGUCUUUGACACAAUAAUACAAAAAGAGUUUUUAAAUAACACACACCGUAGAACCUUGCUUCCUUUUAUGCACCUCUGAUCCCUGGUUCCACAUACUUAAGGGUUUUUUCUGCUUCAUUGUCCAAAAGGCACAGCAAGUUACCAAGUACCUUCUUCCCUCUUACCAUGUUGUAGUGUAUUUACAUUUUAGAACAGUAGUUUUGAAACUUUUGGUUGCCAGUCACCGUAGAGAACACACGUAUCUGUUCAGAUACUUGCACUGCCAUCAUCCCUGUAGUAUCUGAGUACUUAUUAAUACAGAGCUUACUUUAGGGUAUGGCUACACUGCAAUGAAACCCCAGGGUUAGUAGAACUUGAGUCAACUGACCCAUGUUAGAGAACUCUGGACUUGAAAGUCUACACUGGUUAAUUAUUAAUCCUACAUUAAGAUUUUUCUGGGGUUGAACCUGGGCUCUGGCAUCCACACUGCAGCACACUGACCCAAGUCAAACCAACCAUAUCCCAAAGUCCCUAGUGCCCUCCUGAAAUGUGGCCACUCUAGCCCUUUGACUGUGAUGCACUGUGGGCAAACUUUACUGCCCACCCUGCAUGCUACAGACUGUUUGAACAGCUCACCAAUGCAACCUGCUGAGCAGUCAUUUUGAUCUUUGUGCAGCCAGCUAUUGGAGACAGCAAGAUGGAGGAGGUGCCUUUUAACAAGCUUCUCCUUUUGCCCUCGCUCCUGUGUCAGGAAAGGGGCAGAGCUUUCAUGAGGUGCUGGUGGAUAUUUCAGUGGUGUUUUCUGACCCACCAAAGGUACCUGAUGGAUGAUGGGUUUCAUGAUGGAGCAGGAGGAGGCAGAGAAAGAAGAGUACCCUGGCUUGGCAGACCUGCAGUGGCAAAUGCUCCUCCGUAUAAUCAGCAUAUUUGUUGACGCCCCCUAUGUAUACUGGUGCUUCUGGCACAGCCUGGUGGGAUCAUAUUGUUAUGCAGAUCUGGAAUGACCAGCAGUGGGUCUGGCUUGCUUCUACCCUCCAGUGUAGAUGAGGGCACUUUUGCUGGUCCAGAAGCAGGUUGCUAUAACCAUCUGGAAGCUGGCUACCCCAGACUGCUACAGGUCUGUUGCCAAUCAGUUUGGUGUUGGAAAGAUGACUGUGAGUAAAGUGCCUCAGGAACCACCACCACCAAUCAGGUGUGUGAUUUGCCCCAAGGUAGUGGGAACUAAAGAUAAUCCUGAGGUAAUUGCUGGCUUUGAGAGAAUGGAGGUUCCUAACUGCACUGAGGCCAUUGACUAACCACUAUCCAAGACCCCCAGCCCACAACUCCAGUCAAGUUUAGAUUUCUGGUUUCAACUCUCACUACAUCCCUUUGGAAGCCCCAUUCAUUUCCUCUUCCCAUUCUAGUCUCCCUGUUGGUCACUCCUUAUUCAUAGUGUGUCCUUCUCAUUCCAUCUGCACAGCAACCGCCUUCUCCAUAAGACCGAUGGUCACUAGAAGUGAACCAUUCAGAUACCUCUCCAGAGUGCCCCAUCGUCACAGUGUCUGUCUUAGAUUCCAAGCACUUUAGGGCAGGGAUGGUUUUCAUUCUGAAUCUUGUAGAGAGCGAAGCACACUACUGGCACUAAACAAUUAACAACAAUCCAGGUGAGAAGAGCUUGCAGCUGAGCCUGAAGAUUCCUGCUAAACUUCUGGGCCUGGUGGAAUCUGUGGUGUAACCUUGUCCCAGCGGAGUUGGCAAUUGAUGAAGUACAAUGAGCUUGUUCUUGGUUUAGAUUUGACUGAACUGCAAUUAAUUUUGAGAUGUGUUAUGAGUCCACCUAGGAGAGACCAUGCCACCAACCUAACAAACCUGGUAACCCAGAAGUUUUCUAGUUUAUUAAUUUAUCUAAUGAGCACAUGUAGAAAAGCUGUGUGCGGCAAACAAAAUGGAAAAGACACGCAAUGAGAACAGUUGAGUCUGAGAGGAAUAAAUCACUGAGUGCGAAGACCAAAUGUAAAAAUUCCUUCCAGGAUUUGAAUGUCUAUAAAUACAGCUGUGUUGUAAUAAAAGCUGCAUAGUACA